AAGUGUGUGUGUGUGUGUGAGAGAGAGAGAGAGUAUGAAUCAAAUUGCUGCUCAUCUAAUCUCUCAAAGUGACAGAGUUCCAUCAUACUGGGGGUGGGGAAGGAGGGAGGGAGGGGCUCUGCAUUUGGUUCAGCUGUAUGAAAAAAUAUGGGCUAGUCCACCUCGUGCUUUCUUCACAGACGCCUGCAUGAUAAUCCCAAUCUGUGGCCAUUAGUGCACUGAGAGAAUGAGUGAGGAGAGGGUUCAACAGAGAGAGAGAGAGAGAGAGAGGGAGGGAGUGAGUGGGGGGAGUGCCUGGACAGAGAUGCACAGAGAGGAAAAAAGAACGAGAGAGAGAGAGAGAGAGAGAGCUUUUAAGGGAUUUGGCAGUGAUUUGUAGAAUCUCACUGCCUGUAAUGUUGCGCUUUUUCUCCACUUUUCCCCGACUCUGCCAUGAUACCAUACCCUAAAGCCUCAAAAGUCAGUCUUUUCAUUUCAUCUUUGUAAAUCACAACACUUCUUUUCAGACCAUUGUUUUUUUUUUUUUCUAUUGUGGCUAUUUUUGAGAGUGCACAGCGGCUGUCUGAGAUGAUAGAGGAUUUACUUUUUGGUGAGGAGAGGAGAGCCUUGCCUCUAGAUAUAUAAUCACAUUUUGGACCAUGGACGGAGGCCUGUGUGGAAGAGCUCAUGUGAUGGAUAAAAUCAGGACUGGUCGAUGAAGAAUGGGCAGGUGUCAAAGGUAGAGGGAGUGGCCUGGUGCUGUCAGUACCUCUGCUGGUCAUCAUCAUGACAUCAGAGGCCUGCUCAUCCCAUCAGUGCUCCUGGCUUGGUUCACCAUCCGGACACAGGACAUGGUCUGGACUGCUGUGGGUGCUGCUGGUGUGUAUCAGCCCGGGCUCAUGGGCCCAGCAGGGCAGCCAGCCACAGUCCAUCAAAAUCGAGGGUGACAUCACCCUGGGCGGGCUGUUCCCGGUGCACUCUCGAGGGCCUGCUGGGGUGCCCUGUGGGGAGGUUAAGAGAGAAAAGGGGAUCCACCGACUGGAAGCCAUGCUGUAUGCCUUGGACCAGAUCAACAGCGACCCGGACCUGCUGCCUAACAUCACCCUGGGGGCCCGGAUCCUAGACACCUGCUCCAGAGACACCUACGCCCUGGAGCAGUCGCUCACUUUUGUCCAGGCCCUCAUCCAGAGGGACACCUCAGAUGUUCGCUGCUCAAACGGAGAGCCUCCCAUCAUCCCCAAACCAGAGAGGGUAGUUGGGGUGAUUGGUGCAUCUGGCAGCUCGGUGUCCAUCAUGGUGGCCAAUGUGCUCAGACUGUUCGCGAUCCCCCAGAUCAGCUACGCCUCCACUGCCCCGGAGCUGAGUGAUAACAGCCGCUACGAGUUCUUCUCCCGUGUGGUGCCUCCUGAUUCCUAUCAGGCCCAAGCCAUGGUGGACAUUGUCAAAGCCAUGGGCUGGAACUACGUCUCCACGUUGGCCUCCGAGGGCAACUAUGGAGAGAGUGGCGUUGAUGCCUUCCUCCAGAUAUCCAGAGAAGCAGGAGGGCUGUGUAUUGCUCAGUCCAUAAAGAUUCCCAGAGAGCCCAGACCAGGGGAGUUUGAAAAAAUCAUCAAGAGAUUAAUGGAAACCUCUAACGCUCGUGGGGUCAUCAUCUUUGCCAAUGAGGAUGACAUCAAGCGGGUAUUGCAGGCUGCCAAAAAGGCCAACCUGACAGGGCACUUCCUGUUUGUUGGCUCUGACAGUUGGGGGGCCAAAAACUCCCCAAUUCAAGACCAGGAGGAUGUGGCUGAAGGUGCUGUCACCAUCCUGCCAAAAAGAGCCUCUAUUGAUGGGUUUGACCAGUACUUCACUUCGAGAUCUCUAGAAAACAACCGGAGAAACAUCUGGUUUGCAGAAUUCUGGGAGGAUGACUUCAAGUGCAAGCUAACUCGCCCUGGUAUAAAAUAUGAACCGGGUAGACGAAAAUGUACAGGGGAAGAAAGAAUCAGUCGAGACUCACAGUACGAACAGGAGGGCAAGGUGCAGUUUGUGAUUGACGCUGUGUAUGCCAUGGCCCAUGCUUUACACAGUAUGCAUCUUGACCUCUGUCCUGGCUCCAUGGGUGUCUGUGAGAAGAUGGACCCUGUGGAAGGACGGAUGCUCCUACAAUACAUUCGCUCUGUCAACUUCAAUGGCAGUGCAGGAACUGGAGUGAUGUUCAAUGAGAAUGGAGAUGCUCCUGGUCGGUAUGACAUCUUCCAGUACCAACUGUCUAAUGUCAGCAACCCCGGCUACAAGGUUAUCGGCCAAUGGACAAACCACCUCCGACUUAAUUCUGAGGAGAUGCAAUGGUCAGGAGGUGACCGUAAGAUACCUGAGUCCGUGUGCAGUUUCCCCUGCGAGCCUGGUGAGAGGAAAAAGAUGGUGAAGGGUGUUCCCUGCUGCUGGCACUGCGAGCUCUGUGACGGCUACCAGUACCUUCUGGACGAGUUCACCUGCGACAUGUGCCCAUUUGACAUGAGGCCCUUAAAGAACCGCACAGGCUGCCGGACCACCCCCAUCAUCAAGCUGGAGUGGAGCUCUCCCUGGGCCGUCAUCCCUGUCUUCCUGGCCAUUCUGGGCAUCCUGGCUACCACCGGAGUCAUUGCCACCUUUAUCCGCUUCAAUGACACACCCAUUGUCCGUGCCUCUGGUAGAGAGCUCAGCUAUGUGUUGCUGACGGGCAUCUUCCUCAUCUACUUCAUCACCUUCCUCAUGAUAGCUGAGCCCAGUGUGGCUGUGUGCGCCUUCCGCAGGCUGCUUCUUGGGCUCGGCAUGUGCAUCAGCUAUGCUGCCAUGCUCACCAAGACCAACCGGAUCUACCGUAUUUUUGAACAGGGCAAGAAGUCAGUCACACCCCCGAAAUUCAUCAGCCCCACCUCUCAGCUGAUUAUCACCUUUAUACUCAUCUCAGUGCAAUUACUCGGAGUGUUCAUCUGGUUUGGUGUAAUGCCCCCCCACACCAUCAUCGACUACGAGGAGCAGAAGCCUCCAAACCCGGAGUUUGCCCGUGGAGUUCUCAAGUGUGACAUGUCCGACCUGUCCCUAAUCUUAUGUCUGAGCUACAGUAUUGUACUGAUGAUCACCUGCACGGUGUACGCCAUCAAGAGCAGAGGAGUUCCUGAGACCUUCAAUGAGGCCAAGCCCAUUGGCUUCACCAUGUACACCACCUGCAUCAUCUGGCUGGCUUUUGUACCCAUCUUUUUUGGCACAGCGCAAUCGACUGAAAAGAUGUUCAUCCAAACCACCACCCUGACGGUGUCCAUGAGCCUGAGCGCCACUGUGUCCCUUGGCAUGCUCUACAUCCCCAAGGUAUAUGUCAUCAUCUUCCACCCAGAGCAGAAUGUCCAGAAGCGAAAGCGCAGCUUCAAAGCUGUGGUGCAGGCGGCCACCGUGUCCACGCACCUGUCCCAGAAGUCCAAUGACAAACAAAACGGAGAGUCCAAGAUUGAGCCGGACAGAUCACAGUGAGAUGACACAAAAUGUUUCAUCACGUUAAAAAGUAACAAGACCGCAGUGAGCUGGUUGAUGACCGAUGAAAAAUAAGCAUUUACUCUUAUUGUUGGCUGGAUUUCUAUUAUUUUUUUCUCCCCCUUAACUAUGGAUGAAAACACCAGCAGACAUUCCUGAUUUCUUUUAACACUUAUUUAGAUUUCUCUGAAAUACUAAACCUGGAAUGACACACAAAAGGAAACAGAAAUGGUCACCCCUAAAAUGGACAACUUUUUGGUACACUUACACAGCAACUGGGAGGAUGUUGAGCAAUCCUGAGUGGACUGAAAGCAAAUUUUUUUUGUAACGACAUCCACAUAUACACCGCAAAUUGACACAGAGGUAUUGUUAGUUUUAACUCUCCCUGGGAAAUGCUGUUUAGGAAAAAAUAAGUUAAGCUUAAAUGGCGACCUUUGUCCUACAGGAAGAUGUACAUGUAUAUGGAAUCCCCUUGGGGUCAAUGAAACAUGUUGUUUACUGGCUCCAAAAGCACUGCAUGGAUUGUGUUUUAUGUGUACAUGAAUGUUUUGAAAUAUUGUUUGUAUGGGGUAUCGUGACUUUUUCUUCUGAUUGCACUGGAAGGAAGUAGCUUUUAAAUGCACCUCAAUGUCCUGCUACUAUUUCUGAUUAACUCCUAUGGGAAGGUAAAAUUAAUCACUAAAUUAUAACCACUCGCAGUAGAAUCGUUCAAUAUCUCAUCUCUAAUACAACAAAGCAUUUUAAAUUAGUGUUAUGUAUGUGAUCAUUAUGAUACAAACUGAUCUUCACUGUGGAAAUUGUAAGGUCGUGGGUGAGAACAGGAUACAAGUGAUUGCGAACAGGAAAUGUAUCUUAUAUCUGGUACUUGUACUUUACUACAGUGGGAAACAAUGUUUGGCAUUUCCCUAUAUUGUUUGUCAAAAUGGUGAAAAAGGUCAGUUUGUAUGGCAACAUGCCAAAAUCAGAGACAAGCUGCUGUUAUGUCCGUGCACGUGAAGCUUCACUGCAUCAGUUGUAUCCACUUCUGCAAACAUUAUACGUUUAGCAUGAGGUAACCCCUGAAAUUAACAACAAUCCCUUAUUUGCCUGUAUAUUAUUUGCAGUGUACUCUUUGUUACUUGAUCUCAAUGUUCAAACUCAGGUUUUACUGGAGGUGUUUGGACUAAAGUUUUCUUGAGGAUUACAGUCUGUACUGGUACAGCCUUUUCAACACAAAUGGAUUCAGCAGUCAACACGUGCAGAGCAUUUUCCCUCACAGUGCAGAAGGGCUGAGAGAU